AUGUCCACCCCGAGUGAUGACAAUCCGAUGGCGAUGGCCUCGCAGUCGGACAAGGAACAACCGCACGUUCAACAUACCGAAGACUUUGCAGCCUCCGAGCCGACGGUGGCCCUCUUUGGGGCCGACUCUGCCAGCUUGCCCAAGGGAUAUUUCUACAGCCCAUACUUCCUAGGCUCGAUGGCUGCGUGUGGAUUGAGCCUGCUGGGCAGUGUCGGAGGAUAUGCACUCGCAGCACCGAUUUUGGGCAUCAUCAAUGCUGACAUCGGGCCGAACAAGAACAUUGCCUGGGUUCCCCUGAUGUUUCCUGUGGGAUUGGCGGUGGGCCAGACAUUGCUGGGUCGUAUUUCCGACAUCUUUGGCCGCCGCUGGUUCUUUGCUGGUGGCCAGGGGUUUGGCCUCAUUGGCGCCAUCAUCUGCGCAACAGCACGGGAUGUGCCCACCUUGAUUGGGGGCUCGGUCAUUGUUGGUCUCGCGGGGGCGACAGCGUUGUCUUACCCGUUCCUCAUUGGCGAGCUUGUGCCCAUGAAGUACAGGUUCAUUGGGACGGCAUAUGCCUGCUUCUGCUGCAUUCCCUUCUCCGGCCUGGCGCCCGCCAUCGCGAAUUCAUUAGCUACCAGGGCAAAUUGGAGAUGGUGUUACUAUCUCAUGAUCAUCUUCAACGGGUUGUCGAUGGGCUCGUACCUCCUCUUCUAUCACCCUCCGACCUUUGGCAUGAAACACAGCCGCAAAGAAAAACUCAGAAUGAUCCGCAACUUCGACUAUAUCGGCAUUUUCCUUUUCACUAGUGGGAUGGUUUUGUUCCUCCUGGGUAUCUCAUGGGGCGGGAAUGUCUAUCCCUGGAAAUCGGCUGCCGUGAUCGCGACAAUCGUGAUCGGCGCGCUGGUCCUCACGGCCUUCUUCACCUGGGAGGUUUACCAUCCCAUGGAGGAGCCCCUGGUACCGAUGCACCUUUUCCGGAAUCGCGGGUGGCUCAUCGCCACGCUCCUGGUGUCCAUCGGAGCCAGCAUCUAUUACGCAUUUGGAAUUGUCUGGCCAUCCAUGGUCAAUGUCUUGUACGCGGAAGGAGACCAAAUCUAUGCUGGCUGGCUACAAUGCUGCGUCGGGGGUGCGUUUACCCUAGGACAAGUCACUGGCAGUUUCCUAUACAAAUUUAUCGGCUCUGUGCGGGCGCAACUGACGGUGACGACACUCAUCGGCGGUGCUUUACUUGCAGGCGUUGCCAGCGCGAGUCCCUCUGACGUCAAUCUACCCAUCGGACUGCUGAUCCCUGGAAACUUCUUCAUUGGGUGGAUGGAAGCCCUCACCCUCACGCUCCCAGGAAUGUACAUUCGGGAUCAGAACGAGAUUGGCGUGGCCGUCGGUGUUGCCGGCUCGGUGCGCUCAGCAUUGUCAACACUUGCCUCUACCAUCUACGUGACCAUCCUCAACAAUCGCCUCGCAGAAACGGUACCUGCCGCCGUGAGACCUGCCGUCACUACUGCUGGACUCCCUGUUAGCUCCGUCCCGGCGUUGCUGGCUGCGCUGAGUUUGGGCACUCCCGACGCGUUUUCGAAGGUGCAAGGGCUCACGUCACCAAUUCAAGAAGUGGCCAUCAACGCUUACAAAGAAGGCAACACGUCGGCGUAUCGUACCGUCUUCUUUGCCUCGCUGGCAUUUACUGGGACAGGAAUUCUCCUCAGUCUCUUCACGCCGAGCGUGGAUGCCCAAAUGACGGACAGCGUCGCCGUGACCCUUCACAAGAAGAAGGAAGAGAAGGAUCUUGAGAAUGCCGUCCAAAAGCAGCUCGAGACGGAAUCGACAACUCACUAG